GGUGGAUUAGCAUCUGAAAAUGUGCGUUGGGCUGAAUCGGUGGAAAAUUUCAGUGAACAGGGAAAGACUCUGUGUGGAGAUGUGCUACUGAUUACUGCAUUUGUUUCCUAUGUUGGGUAUUUUACCAAAAAAUAUAGGAGUGAGUUACUGGACAAGUUCUGGACUCCUUAUUUAAAGCAGCUGAAGGUACCAAUUCCUAUCACUCCUGGGCUGGAUCCUUUAACCCUGCUAACAGAUGAUGCAGAUAUAGCAACCUGGAACAACCAGGGGCUCCCCAGUGACCGUAUGUCAACAGAAAAUGCAACUAUUCUGUGCAACACAGAACGUUGGCCACUCAUUAUAGAUGCGCAGCUUCAAGGGAUCAAGUGGAUCAAGAACAAGCAUGGACAAGAUCUAAAGGCCAUCCGGCUUGGACAGAAAAGCUACCUAGAUAUCAUUGAAAAAGCAGUUUCUGAUGGAGAUACGCUGCUUAUUGAGAACAUCGGAGAGACAGUAGAACCUGUGCUGGAUCCUCUGCUAGGUCGAAACACAAUCAAGAAAGGAAAAUACAUUAAAAUAGGAGAUAAGGAAGUGGAGUACCACCCCAAAUUUCGCCUGAUUCUGCACACCAAGUACUUCAAUCCCCACUACAAGCCAGAGAUGCAGGCUCAAUGCACAUUGAUCAACUUUUUGGUUACCAGGGAUGGCUUGGAAGACCAGCUUUUAGCUGCUGUGGUUGCUAAGGAAAGACCUGACUUAGAGGAACUGAAGGCUACUCUCACAAAACAACAGAAUGAAUUUAAGAUCAUCCUGAAGGAAUUAGAGGACUCCUUACUAGCUAGACUCUCUGCUGCCUCAGGAAACUUCCUAGGAGAUACAGCCUUGGUGGAAAACCUCGAGACCACGAAACGCACAGCUAAUGAGAUAGAACAAAAAGUGAUAGAAGCUAAAAUUACUGAAAUACGAAUUAAUGAAGCCAGAGAGAACUACAGGCCAGCAGCAGAAAGGGCAUCUCUGUUGUAUUUUAUAUUAAAUGACCUAAACAAAAUCAACCCGAUCUAUCAGUUCUCUCUGAAGGCUUUCAACGUGGUGUUUGAGAAAGCUAUUCAGCGUACAGCACCAGCGGAAGAUGUGAAACACAGGGUGAUCAACCUUACAGAUGAGAUCACCUAUUCCGUUUUCAUGUACACAGCUCGGGGACUUUUUGAGAGAGACAAACUUAUUUUUUUAGCCCAAGUUGCCUUUCAGGUCUUGUUGGUAAAAAAAGAGGUGAAUCCAGUGGAACUGGACUUCCUUCUGCGCUUUCCCUUUAAAGCUGGUUUGACAUCUCCAGUAGAUUUCUUAUUAGGUCAAGGAUGGGGUGGAAUUAAGGUACUUUCUGAAAUGGAUGAAUUCAAAAACUUGGACAGCGAUAUUGAAGGCUCUGCUAAGCGAUGGAAAAAGUUUGUAGAAUCAGAGACUCCUGAAAAGGAAGUUUUCCCCAAGGAGUGGAAGAAUAAGACAGCCCUACAGAAGCUGUGCAUGAUGCGAUGCAUGAGGCCAGACCGCAUGACCUAUGCAGUCAAAAACUUUGUGGAAGAGAAGAUGGGAAGUAAAUUUGUUGAAGGGCGCAGUGUGGAAUUCUCAAAGUCCUAUGAAGAAAGCAGUCCAUCCACACCAAUAUUUUUCAUUCUGUCUCCUGGAGUUGAUCCCCUGAAGGAUGUUGAAGCCCUAGGUCAAAAGCUUGGCUUCACCAUAGACAAUGGGAAAAUCCAUAAUGUGUCCCUGGGACAAGGACAAGAGGUUGUGGCAGAAAACGCUCUGGAUGUGGCUGCAGUAGAGGGACAUUGGGUCAUUCUUCAGAAUAUACAUCUGGUAGCCAAGUGGCUGGGCACGCUGGAUAAGAAAGUUGAACGCUACAGCAUUGGGAGUCACAACGAUUACCGCGUAUUCAUGAGUGCUGAACCUGCUCCUUCUCCAGACGCUCACAUUAUUCCUCAGGGCCUGCUAGAAAAUGCCAUUAAAAUCACAAAUGAGCCUCCAACUGGCAUGUAUGCCAACUUACACAAAGCCCUCGACCUCUUUACACAGGAUACCCUGGAAAUGUGCACCAAGGAAAUUGAGUUCAAGUGCAUUCUCUUUGCCCUCUGCUACUUCCAUGCAGUGGUAGCAGAACGGAGGAAAUUUGGAGCGCAAGGUUGGAACAGGUCUUACCCUUUUAACAAUGGAGAUCUCACCAUUUCCAUCAACGUCCUGUAUAAUUACUUGGAAGCCAAUGUGAAGGUCCCAUGGGAUGAUUUACGGUACCUCUUUGGUGAAAUUAUGUAUGGAGGACAUAUUACUGAUGACUGGGACCGCAGACUGUGUCGGACUUACCUUGUCGAAUACAUCCGCAUGGAAAUGCUGGAAGGCGAAAUGUUUCUGGCUCCAGGAUUCCUCAUUCCACCCAACAGUGAUUACAAGGGCUAUCAUGAGUAUAUUGAUGAAAACCUACCACCUGAGAGCCCUUACCUGUAUGGGCUCCAUCCAAAUGCUGAGAUUGGUUUCCUCACUGUAACCUCAGAGAAACUUUUCCGCACAGUGCUGGAAAUGCAACCCAAAGAAUCUGAUGCCGGAGGAGGAACUGGUGUGUCCCGUGAAGAGAAGGUGAAAUCAGUGCUAGAUGAGAUCCUGGAUCGGCUUCCAGAGCCCUUCAACAUGGUGGAAAUCAUGGCAAAAGCAGCUGAGAAAACACCAUAUGUGGUAGUUGCUUUCCAGGAAUGUGAACGAAUGAACAUCCUCACCAGUGAAAUCAGACGCUCUCUGAAAGAACUGAACUUGGGUCUGAAGGGUGAGCUGACAAUCACAACAGACAUGGAGGAACUAUCCAAUGCUCUUUACUACGAUAACGUGCCUGAAUCCUGGACAAACCGUGCCUAUCCAUCUUUACUUAGCUUAGCAGCCUGGUAUGCAGACCUACUGCUCCGGAUCAGGGAGCUGGAGGCUUGGACCACAGAUUUUGCCCUACCCACAACUGUGUGGCUAGCAGGUUUCUUCAAUCCUCAGUCUUUCCUGACUGCCAUUAUGCAGUCCAUGGCUAGGAAAAAUGAAUGGCCUCUUGAUAGAAUGUGUCUUUCAGUGGAAGUUACCAAGAAAAACCGGGAAGAUAUGACAGCUCCACCUCGAGAAGGCUCCUAUGUGCAUGGGCUGUUCAUGGAAGGUGCGCGCUGGGAUGUGCAGACGGGGGUCAUCAGUGAUGCACGCCUGAAGGAGCUGACGCCCUCCAUGCCAGUCAUUUUCAUCAAGGCCAUCCCUGUGGAUCGCAUGGACAUCAAGAACAUGUAUGAGUGUCCUGUGUACAAGACACGCACAAGAGGCCCCACCUACGUCUGGACCUUCAACCUGAAAACAAAAGAGAAGCCGGCUAAGUGGAUUCUUGCUGGAGUUGCUUUGCUCUUACAGAUUUGACAAAGCUUUAUCCAUUCCAUCAUGGCACUUUUAUCCCUUCCCUAAAAACCCAGAGAGAGAUAAUUGUUUGUAAGUUGCAAAAUAAAAACUAUUUUAAAGUAUGUCUGUACUUAACUAUUCUCAGUGAGAGAAAGUUUGUCUGGUCAAGUAGUGGCUCUGCAAGAACACACAGAAAAACAACAACCACAACAAAGAUUGUGCACUAGCUAUCACUUACUGCUCAUGGCUUAGUCCAGACAUCUUCAUCUUACUGGCCAUAUAUGGGGCUUGGGGAAAAUGUUACUUGCACUUGCAAGGGUGGCUAGUCACAAAACCCAUUUCAUGAACUAAAACCUGGUCAAUCUAACAGUGAAAUAACUUGCUAAAAAACCUGAAUAUAAGGCACAAAUGGAAUCUAAAACCACUUUGAACUCAGAGUUACCUCUCACCCAACACCUACUUUUCCUGAUGAUCAACAUUUCUCUGUACAAACACAAAGACCUAUUCCUGCUCUGUCUUCUUGAAUUGCCUCUAUUUACCUACUACUGUAGAUUGUUUCUGCAGAUGUCUGUUAGGUCAUACCCAUCCAGCCCAAUCUGUCCACUUCUGCCUCCCACAAUAUUGGAGCACUACCAGAUCUAGCCUGGAUCAUGUCCAGGCUUUUCUCUCUGGUAUCCUGCUCUCUAGUGUCCAAACUUCCUUGUAAUGAAACCCAGCUCUGGCAUGUUUUAAAAUUGCCCAACCAGCAUUCAUUUGAAAAUACACUAAACUGACAGGACAUUAUCACAUUUCCACUCAAGAGUCUUUUAAGACUGAAGUGGUAUACAAAAAUUGUAAAUAAAUAAAUAAACUUAUACUUAUCCAGACAAAUUA